AUGGAGGCCGGGUUGAUAGAGGAGGGAAGAAAUGAUGGUAAUUCUCGAAAACGUAAGGGAGACGAUGGUACCGGUCACGAAACUGACGCAAACAGUUCUGAGUCUCGCUCAGAGCCUUCUUCGCUUCCAGCAAAGCACUACGAUCCUGCCACAACUGAACCGAUCAGCUCCAGUCUGAGCACGCUGGAAGAGCUGUUGUCAUGGAAACGAAGCGAGGCGAGCCUUUUCAACGUGGCCUCUGUCCCAGUGGCAAAGAGAGAGCCUCCGUUAUCCAGCUGUCAGAAAAGGACGCUGGUGUGUCAUGACAUGAUGGGCGGCUACCUGGAGGACAGGUUUAUCCAGGGUGCUGUGGUGACCUCUCCAUACGCCUUGUACCACUGGCAGUGUGUCGACAUAUUCACCUACUUCAGUCACAACAUGGUCACCAUCCCCCCCGCCAUGUGGACCAAUGCAGCCCAUAAACACGGGGUUCUCUGUCUGGGGACCUUCAUCACUGAGUGGACGGUGGGGAGGGAGGUGUGUGAGAAGUUUUUGGCGGGAGAAGAGGCGUACCGUGCGGUCGCUGAUAAACUGGUGCAGAUCGCCCAUGCGUACGGUUUCGACGGCUGGCUCAUUAACAUCGAAAACUCUCUAAGUGCGACCGCUGUGAAGAACACUGCCCUGUUCCUUCGGUACCUGACAGACCAGAUGAAGGAGCGGGUGCCGGGAGGUCUGAUCAUCUGGUAUGACAGUGUGCUGGAGGAUGGCUCGCUGAAAUGGCAGAAUGAACUCAACGACCACAACAAAGUGUUUUUUGAGUCGUGUGAUGGCAUAUUCACCAACUACAACUGGACGGAGGCGAAUCUGGAGAAGAUGACGGGUAAUGCUGCUGCACAGGGCCGGCUGGCGGACAUCUUUGUUGGAAUUGAUGUUUUUGCGAGAGGAGAAGUGGUUGGAGGGGGGUUUGAAUGCAACAAAGCUCUUAAUCUCAUACGGAAGCACGGCCUGUCCGCUGCCAUUUUCGCCCCGGGCUGGGUCUACGAGUGCCACGACAAGGAACAGUUUCGCAACAACCAAGACAAGUUCUGGGAGUUGAUGUCAGACCAUCUGAUCAUUCGCCGCCCCUCCUUCUCCCUCCCCUUCGUCUCCUCCUUCUGUCAGGGCUUUGGGAAGAGCCUCUACUGGAAGGGACAGGUGGAGAGGGAGAAAAGCUGGCUGAAUCUCAGCGCUCAGGAGGUCCAGCCUCUCUACGGCCACCAGAGCGUGGAGGGAAAGGGCUGGCUCCGGACCCGAGGCUGCCCUGAGGACGUCUGGUCAGGGGGCACCUCUCUGGUGAUCGAGGGUAUGAUCCCCUCCACGCUAACCAGUGUCUGUGCCAGGAUAUUUUCAUUCCAUAUGCCCUUGGCCGAAAACACGUUUGUCUCUUUUGUGUACAAGCCCUCUGCUGGAGUGAGCAUUUCCUUAGAGCUGAAAACCAUGCACUCUGCACAGUGUGUACACGCUGGCACACGGGAGAUCUACAGUAGUGUGCAGCCCACUGCUUUAGGACUCAAUCAUAAGCUGGUGAAGGAGUUCACUCGGAGCUGUGGGCAGUGGGAGUCAGAGGGCUGGACCACCCGGUGUUUUCAGCUGGAGGUACCAGGCUGUGCUUUAAGGGAAAUCUGCAUCAACGUCUCGCGAGACGGGACAGACAAGGACUUACCCUUCAGCGUCAGGGUGGGCGAGAUUAUGGUGCUGGAUGCAGAGAGUCUGCGUGUGACCCCGGUGUCGAUUGCGGGCGUUGCUGUGUUUGACGUGGUGUGGCAGAGGGGUGUUGGCGGUGCUGGACAAGUCCACCUCAGUGCCACCCUGCACUGGUCCUACCCAGCACAACGGACCCGUCACUUUCGGAUUCACUGGCGCCGCCUGCGCGGGCCCGACCCUCGCACGCCCCCUGGGCCUCUGACCCUGAUUGGCCGGUCCUACUCCACCCUGUUCCGUGUGGUGGAGCUGCCGGUGCCUGAUGGCCCAGGGCUACUGGAGCUUGUGGUGGAGCCCGUGACCAGAGAGGGCUUCAGCGUGCCGGAGUCUCACUGGGGCAGGUGUCCUCUCAGCUACACCAAAGAGACUGCCCAGGGCACCGUCUAAUAAUCACACACACACACACACACACACACAUAUACGCGUACCUCAGUUUACACAGAUAUACUCGCUGCUUAGAAUGGUUUUGC